AUGUAUCACCCCCAGCAAGCCCUUACAUUCUUGCGCAAUGCACCCAUCGGCAACGUUACGCAGGGUUGCUCGACGGAUAUGCGUCUGCUUCGCGUGUUCCUUGAGCUAGCCCAGCCUCGCUCGAACAUUCGCUUCCUAAUGUCCAGGGCGAACGAGCGAGAGGAAACGUUCAAGGACUUCGACACGCUCGGCGCACGACUCGCGAACGAGAUCGUGGAGCACAUAAAGAAGUAUUCCAAGAAACCGGCCAGGAUCAGCUUCAUCGGCUUCUCGAUGGGCAACGUCAUCAUACGAUCGGCGCUGGCCAAGGCAGAACUGCAGCCCCUGCACCGCUUUCUGCACACCUUCCUGUCGCUGUGCGGGCCGCACGUGGGCACCGUCUUCAACACCUCCAUGGUCGUCAACAUGGGCGAGUAG